AGCUUAUCUCGGUUUGUUGGGUUCGGUUCGGACGGGUCAGCAGGUCCUCCUCAGUCCGGUAAAUCUCUGCAGUUGACUUUCAUCUCUGUCAUCCACCAUGAGGGAAAUCGUGCACAUCCAGGCUGGUCAGUGCGGGAACCAGAUUGGUGCAAAGUUCUGGGAGGUGAUCAGUGACGAGCACGGCAUCGACCCAACAGGAACCUACCACGGAGACAGUGACCUGCAGCUGGACCGGAUCAGUGUGUACUAUACUGAAGCCACAGGAGCGAAGUAUGUUCCCAGAGCCAUCCUUGUUGAUCUGGAACCAGGCACCAUGGACUCUGUUCGCUCUGGACCCUUUGGACAAAUCUUCAGACCAGACAACUUUGUGUUUGGUCAGAGCGGAGCUGGAAACAACUGGGCCAAAGGUCACUACACAGAGGGGGCGGAGCUUGUGGACUCGGUCCUGGACGUGGUCAGGAAGGAGGCGGAGAGCUGCGAGUGUCUGCAGGGUUUCCAGUUCACGCACUCCCUGGGGGGAGGCACCGGCUCGGGGAUGGGGACGCUGCUCAUCAGCAAGAUCCGAGAGGAAUACCCCGACCGCAUCAUGAACACCUUCAGCGUGGUCCCCUCCCCAAAGGUGUCGGAUACCGUCGUGGAGCCGUACAACGCCACCCUCUCCGUCCACCAGCUGGUGGAAAACACCGACGAGACGUACUGCAUCGAUAACGAAGCUCUUUACGACAUCUGCUUCCGCACGCUCAAACUGACCACGCCCACCUACGGAGACCUGAACCACCUGGUGUCGGCCACCAUGAGCGGCGUCACCACCUGCCUGCGUUUCCCCGGACAGCUGAACGCCGACCUGAGGAAGCUGGCCGUCAACAUGGUGCCCUUCCCCCGCCUGCACUUCUUCAUGCCGGGCUUCGCCCCCCUGACGAGCCGGGGCAGCCAGCAGUACCGCGCCCUGACCGUGCCCGAGCUCACCCAGCAGGUGUUCGACGCCAAGAACAUGAUGGCGGCGUGCGACCCCCGCCACGGCCGCUACCUGACGGUGGCCGCCGUGUUCCGAGGCCGCAUGUCCAUGAAGGAGGUGGACGAGCAGAUGCUGAACGUGCAGAACAAGAACAGCAGCUACUUCGUGGAGUGGAUCCCCAACAACGUGAAGACGGCCGUCUGCGACAUCCCGCCGCGCGGCCUCAAGAUGGCCGUCACCUUCAUCGGAAACAGCACGGCCAUCCAGGAGCUGUUCAAACGCAUCUCGGAGCAGUUCACCGCCAUGUUCCGCCGCAAAGCCUUCCUGCACUGGUACACGGGCGAGGGCAUGGACGAGAUGGAGUUCACCGAGGCCGAGAGCAACAUGAACGACCUGGUGUCCGAGUACCAGCAGUACCAGGAGGCCACGGCCGAGGAGGAGGGCGAGUUCGACGAGGAGGCGGAGGAGGACGCUUAAAGGGCGCUCCAACGGAAAGAAGCGAGUCAAGAACCAAAACGACGGAUUGAAAAGUUAAAGCGAAGGGGUGCUGUACGUGAGGGAAAUAAAACCACCAAAUUCAUGUGCCAAGAUUUAGAUGUUUAGUUGGUUUGAUCAGUUUUAGUCCUCUGAUCUUUGUUAAACAUCAAAACCUUCUCAGAUAAUCUCACUUUGUGACAAAUGUAUGAUUUUCAUGGCGUGACCUCCUCUGAGAAGACGUCGGGUGUCGGAGUGUAUCGAAACAAACGAGUUUCAGAAUCAAGUUAAUUUAUGAGGAAGCGUUCAGCGAUAAAGUGAGUUCAGAUUAAAUUAAUCUCAUCAGUGUUCAGAUUGUUUUUAUUAAUUUAAUAAUCCCAGGCUUUUUAUUGUCAACUUUUAUCUGUUUACUGUUGAAUCUCAGCUGUUGUUUACAGGUUUUCUCAUUUAAUUUAUUUACAAGAAUCAAACGUUUCAUGCGUAUUGUACAUUUUUUACUUUCCUGACGAAGUGAACGUUUCAUUAUUCUGGUCAAAGUUUCGUCCGUGACUCGCCUCGGUGUUGAAACCUGUUGGUUGGGAUCCUGUUGACUGAAGUGAAACAUUUGGGAGAAAUAAAAAGCAUUUGGUUGGAAAA